AUGGCGGUGUUGGAUCAUUUCCUGAACUGGGCGGGGCUUGCCGACAGGAGCUUCAGGAUGGGUCACAAAAAAACCGAGAACAAAGAGGAACAGCAGGACAAGUCUGAGUAUGGAGACCCAGCGCAGUUCGACCCAACGUUCAAUGGACCCAUUCGUAACAGGAGCUGCACUGAUAUUAUUUGCUGUGUGCUCUUCAUGCUGGUCAUCGUAGGCUACAUGGUGGUUGGAAUUCUAGCGUGGCUGUACGGAGACCCGCGACAUGUUCUCUACCCACGCAACUCCACCGGUGCUUUCUGUGGCAUCACACCCAACCAAGAUAAACCCAACGUAUUUUAUUUUAACAUCAUGAAAUGUGCCACUGCGACAAAUAUCAUGGCGGCUGCACUGCAGGGCCUCCAGUGUCCCACCACUCAGAUCUGCUUGAAGUCGUGUCCUUCAGACUUCUGGGUUCUGGACACUACGGCCUACAGUGCCAGCGGCAACAUGGACAGAUACUUCAGACAGGAGCUGUGUGUGCCAUCAUUCAACCUCAAGACCACCAGUCUCAAAGCUGUGGAGAUCAUUGAUCGAGAACUUUGUGCUUUCUACUACAUUCCCACCACCUCAGUGUUGGGAAGGUGUUUACCCACUCUAGGCAUUUCGGAUGUUCCCCCUUCCUUCCAAAUUCCUGGCAUGACCACCAAUCAGACUGUGGACACCAUCAAGAACGCUACAGGUGACGUGGUGAAUGGGUUUAACGCUCGAGACGUGGGCAUGAGGAUCUUUGCGGACUUCGCCUCGACAUGGCAGUGGAUUAUUGUUGGGUUGGUGAUAGCGAUGGUGCUCAGUCUGCUGUUUCUCCUGCUGCUGCGCUUCUUGGCGGGAAUCUUGAUCUGGAUACUCAUUGUUGGCGUGCUGGGAGUCGGAGCGUUUGGAAUCUGGUAUUGCUAUACAGAGUAUGCCAAGCUGGCUAGCUCCACUCUGACCUACAAUAACGUCGGCUUCACCACCAACGUCAGCGUUUACCUGCAGAUCCGUGACACCUGGCUCGCCUUCUUGAUCAUUCUCAGUGUGGUGGAGGGGAUUCUGCUGCUCAUGCUGAUCUUCCUCAGGACUCGGAUUCUCAUCGCUAUCGCUCUCAUCCAGGAGUCCAGCAGGGCGGUGGGCCACAUGAUGUCGACGCUGGUGUUUCCCAUCAUUACGUUUGUGAUGCUCCUUGUGUGCUUCUCCUACUGGGGCAUCACUGCACUAUAUCUGGCUACGUCGGGAGGCCCGGUGUACAGGGUUGUAGCUCUGAACUCUUCAGACGGAGACUGUAGCUCCAUCUCUGGAAACCAAAGCUGUGAUCCACUGGCGUUUAAUCGCUCUGAGUACCCUUCGUGCCCGUUGGCUCGCUGCUCCUUCAUCAAGUACAACACGGACGGGCUGUUCCAGAAGAACCUCUUCAACCUGCAGAUUUACAACGUCGUGGCUUUCCUCUGGUGUGUCAACUUCGUCAUCGCGCUGGGACAGUGCACGCUCGCCGGGGCGUUCGCCUCGUACUACUGGGCCUUCAGCAAGCCCUCCGAUAUCCCAGCAUGCCCUCUGGUCUCAUCCUUCAUGAGAGCUCUACGGUUUCAUGUCGGGUCUCUGGCGUUCGGGGCUCUGAUUCUCACUAUUGUGCAAAUCGUGCGCAUCAUUUUGGAGUACAUCGACCACAAGUGCAAAGAAGCUCAAAACCCCUGCACUCGGUUCCUGAUGUGCUGUUUGAAGUGCUGCUUCUACUGUCUGGAAAAAUUCAUCAAGUUCCUCAACAGGAACGCUUACAUCAUGAUUGCCGUUUAUGGUAAAAACUUCUGCGUCUCGGCCAAAAACGCCUUCUGCCUCCUGAUGAGGAACAUCGUCAGAGUGGUGGUGCUGGAUAAAGUUACUGACCUGCUCCUGUUCUUUGGAAAGCUGCUGGUGGUGGGAGGUGUUGGUGUUCUAGCAUUUUAUUUCUUCUCUGGUGGAAUUCAGAUUCCCAACUUAGCCUUCAAAGCUUCAUCGCUUAAUUACUACUGGAUGCCCAUCAUGGUGGUGGUGUUUGGGUCGUACAUGAUCGCUCAUGCGUUCUUCAGCGUCUACAUCAUGUGUGUAGACACACUUUUCCUCUGCUUCUUGGAGGAUCUGGAGAGGAACGACGGCAGUACAGAGAAACCGUAUUACAUGUCCAAGAACCUCAUGAAGAUCCUCAACAAGAAGAACAAACAAGCCAAAAAAUGACCUGAAACCAGACAAAAAAACCCACAAAACCACAACGAUUCUGUCCGUUUACUUCCUUAAACAGCACUUUGACCAGCGCUUAU